AAGUUGAACUAGUAUCCACUGAAGCGUCGGCGUCGGGUUCUAAAACAACUCGGAUAAGCGAAAGAGCUGAGAGCAAAGCGGUGUUUGGCGUAGCAGCGCCACCGAAUUCAGGUGAACUCCACCGUUUCUCACACUCACCUUUUCACUACUCACCACUUUCAAACCCUUUUUUCCUCCUCAUCUUAACCUUUCUCUUUGCAUUUCCAUUUUAAUCUCUCACUUUAUCAUGCACCGGGGCUAAACGCAACCCUCAGUCUCUUUGCUCUAGGAACUUUUUUUUGAGAAUUUGAAAUUUCUUCAGUUGCAAGAGGGGUGUGGUUUAAUUUCCAUUGUCUUUUUGAGUGGUGUUCGUUGUUUGAAGUUAUUGUGUGAGUAAAUCUGGGUAAAAUCUUGGAUCUUGGAAGGUUGUGUGGCUUCAAUUUGAAACCCUAAUUUUGUUCUGUUUGUAAAAUAGGGUUUUGUAGUUGUUUUUAUUUUGAUAUGAAUACCGAGGAAGGAAUGGGCAGUCCUGAUGAUUAUACUGAAUGUAGUGGAGGAGUUCAGGGUUUGAAACUCGAAGCUGUUUCUGAUGAGGUGCCAAUUUUAAAUGGGGAUGGUGUUGCUGAAGAGGCUCGGGGCUUGAAAAGUGAAGCCGUGAGUGAUGAUUGUUGUUUUGAUAUGGGAGCUGAGGAAGGAGUGAGGAGUCCUGGUGACACUAAAUGUGCUGAAGGAAUUCGGUGUUUGAAACGCAAAGCCAUUUCUGAUGAGGUGCCAAUUUCCAAUGGGAAUGGUGUUGCUGAAGAGGUUCGACAUUUGAAAAGUGAAGCCGUGAAUGAUGGGGUGGUAUUUGCCAUCGGAAAUGGUGUUGCUGAUGUGGGUGGGGAUUUGAAAAGUGAAGUAUUGAAUAAUGGGGUAAAUGGGAAUGGUGUAUUUGAAGAGGCUCGACACUCGAAAAGUGAAGCUAUGAGCAAUGGGGUGGUAUUUGGCUAUGGGAAUGAAGUUACUGAUGUGGCUAGGGUUUUGAAAAGUGAAGCAUCAAAUAGUGCGUUUAAUGGAAAUGGUGUAUUUGAAGAGGAUCGGCACUUGAAAAGUGAAGACCUGAACGAUGGGGUGGUAUUUGCCAAUGGAAAUGGUGUUAUUGAUGUGGCUGGGGUUUUGGAAAGUAAAAUAUCGAGUAACGGGGUAAAUGGAAAUGGUGUAUUUGUAGAGGAUCGACACUCGAAAAGUGAAGCCACGAAUGAUGGGGUGGUACUAGCCAAUGGAAAUGGUAUUACUGAUGUGGCUGGGGAUUUGAAAAGUGAAGUAUUGAAUAGUGGGGUGAAUGAAAAUGGUGUUAUUGAAGAGGGCGGAGUUUUGAAAAGUGAACGCGUUAGCAAUGGGGUGCCAAUUGCAGAUGGGUUUGAUUCUGGCGAAGGGGGCUCUGGUGGACUUACUUGUCUUCUAACUUACAAGAGGCGGAAAUAUGAUAAGUCAAGCUCAAAAGGCAAAGCUAAGGAGGAUUGGAGAAAAUGUGUGGAAACUACAAGUCAUAUGGGAGACCAGGCUGUGAAGGAACCCUUUGAUGCAACUUUGGGCAAUACUGAAAAUGAUUGUGCCCAUAGACAUUGGGGGAAUGAUGUACUAAAGCAUUCAUAUCAGUCAUUAGGCAAUGUCGAUGGUGGCAUAGAGGGGUGCAUAGGGCAAGCACUAGUUCAGCAUCCUCAAAGAAGUUGUGCCACCACAGUUAUGCAGGGAACUUCUAAAAUUGACAAAGAUGGACAUGGAUUUUCUUCACAAUUUGACUGCUUAUCUCACAGACCACAGGCUGAAGCUAAUGGGCACACACAUGUCAAGCAAAAUGGAUCUUCUAGUGAACCCCAUAACCAUGGUGGGACUGAGAAGUGUCAGCGCUUGCUCCACGAUAUAUUAAACUCAGAAAAAUUCAAUUCAUUACGCAAUACUUUACUUGAAAAUUUCAAAGGAAUAGAGCCUGAAAGCGUAUUGGAUUUUAGUAUCGUGAACACAAGGAUGAAGCAGAAAACUUAUGAACCAUCACCUGCACUUUUCUUGUCAGAUAUUCAACAGGUCUGGAGAAAGCUUCAAGAUGUUGGUAACGAGAUCUCUGCUCUUUCUAAAAGCCUCUCUAUCAUGUCAACAACUUUCUACUCUGAACUGGUUGGAGUUUCAGCGCAGAGCACAUUUGAAGAUGAAAAACAAAUUGAAUUGGACUCACACAUGAAACCGGAACAGACAGAAGAAUGCACUACCUAUAAAAUUUGCUGUUGCAGUCGUUGUGGAGAAAGGGCAGAUGGUACAGACUGUUUGGUGUGCGAUUCAUGUGAGAAGGUGUACCAUUUGUCCUGUAUUGAGCCUGCAGUGAAAGAAAUACCUCACAAAAGCUGGUAUUGUACUAAUUGCACCACCAGUGGCUUUGGAUCUCCGCAUGAGAAUUGUGUAGUAUGUACGAGGUUGAAUGACGCAAUGACUCCGAAGAAAAUAAUUGGUGAUGAAAGCCUCACUACAUAUGAGGAAACACUUAAUGGAUUUGAAGAGAAAUCAAAUUACAGCUAUGAUGGGGUUCAAGUAUCUAAAGGUGGGGAAAAAACACUGGAUUGCAAAGUGUGCGGAUAUGAAGUCCUAGUUGAUGGUGAAAAAAUUAGAAUAUGUGGUCACCCUUUUUGCCCAAGUAAUUACUACCAUGUAAGGUGUUUGACAAGCAAGCAAUUAAAUUCAUAUGGUCGUUGGUGGUACUGCCCUUCUUGUUUAUGCCAAGUUUGCCUCGUCGAUCAUGAUGACGAUCAAAUUAUCCUUUGUGAUGGCUGUGAUCAUGCAUAUCACAUCCAUUGCAUGAAGCCUCCUCUAUCUUCUAUUCCAAAAGGGAAAUGGUUCUGCAAAAAAUGUGAUGCCGGAAUCAAGGCAAUAUCCCAGGCAAAAAGGGCGUAUGAGAAUAACAAGCUGAGAAUCGGUGAAAAUGUUUCAAAGCCAAGAGGUAAUAAUGAAAACAAUUGCAACAAUAAAUGUGUAGAAGAAUUGGAAAGUGUUGGAGGAAUGGACAUGCUUUUAACUGCCGCCAAUUCUCUGAAUUUCGAAGAUAAUUUAACCGAAAACCAGUUUGAGUAGCAGAUGGCAUGGCGUAUUUUGAAGGGUUUGUGAGCCUCCGGGUUAUCGUUUUAACUUCGUGAACUGUUGAUAUCCAACUAUUUGACAUUUUGUGCAUUUUUUGGAUGACUGAUCUUUUGGUAGGUUGUAUAACAUUGGUAGAUUUCCUGACUUUUGGAUACACGACACAGAAAGACACGACUAUAGAGGGUAAAACGCCAAAGGCAUAAUCAGAAAUUGUUGUAAGUUCUAUCUGCAAGAGCAAGCAGAUCAGAUACUGUAGUAUAAGAUGGUUGAUAUGGAAUUUAAUUGUCUGCUUUGCUUGUGUCAUGCAUUGUGUAGUAUUUUGGAUUGGGAUGUUAUAAGCCCACAUUUCUCUAAAUUUGUACAAUAUAAUUUCAACUAUGUUGAAUAUCAGAAGAUUGAGGAGUUUAAUACA